UGGACACUCAGUUAAGCUUCGAUAUGCGUCUGCUUUGGUUGUGUGCCGCCGCCGCCGCGCUGCUGCUGGUGCUGGCCAGUGCCGGAACGCUCAAGGACAGCCCCACGAAAGAGCGUUACGACCACUACGAAGUGUACAGGCUGACGCUGAGGAACAGGCUGCAAUUGGAUGUGAUUGAGCGGCUUGCAGAGCUGUCCAAUAAGUACAACAUUUGGAAGGACUAUGACGCGCAUAGCCAGGAGCUGCACAUAAUGGUGAGUCCCGAGGACCUGCAGCACUUUCAGCAGCUGUUGCGCGUGCAUGGCAUCGGCAGUGAGCAGAUGGUGGCGAAUGUUCAAGCGCUUAUCGAUGAGGAGCAAGUCACUGCUGCCGCCGAUACCGCCGCUAGUGAUGGCACCUUUGGCUGGACUAAGUACUACGAACUGGCGGAGAUCGAGGCCUGGCUGGACAGCGUGCUGGCUGCCUAUCCCAACGUCACCGAGCAGUUCAUUGUGGGCCAGUCGUACGAGAAUCGCACCAUACGCGGCAUCAAGAUCUCCCACCAGGCGGGCAAUCCGGGCAUCUUCAUCGAGUCGAAUAUCCAUGCCCGCGAGUGGAUUACUUCGGCCAGUGCCACGUGGUUCAUUAAUCAGCUGCUGACGUCCGAGGAGCCGGCCGUGCGCAAUCUGGCCGAGAGCUACGACUGGCACAUUGUGCCCGUGUUCAAUGUGGAUGGCUUUGAGUACUCACACACAAAGAAUCGCAUGUGGCGCAAGACACGUCAGCCGCAUGCCACAAGCGAGUGCAUUGGCGCCGAUGCCAAUCGCAACUUUGACUCCCACUGGAUGGUGAACAAUGGCGCCUCUGCGAAUCCCUGCAGCGAAACCUUUGCCGGCGAUGUGCCCGGCUCGGAGCCGGAGGCCAGGGCACUGGCCGAGUACCUCAGCAGCAUCCAGGACCAGUUCAGCGUGUACAUAUCCUUCCACUCGUACGGGCAGUAUCUGCUGUCGCCCUUUGGCCACACGGCAGCGGAGUUUCCCGACAACUACGACGAUCUGCUGCAGAUUGGCGCGGCCUUUGCCACAGCCAUCGAGGAGCUGCCCUACGGCACUGUCUACACCUAUGGCUCCACGGCGGAUGUGCUCUAUGUGGCCACGGGCACCUCCGUUGACUGGGUGUUCAAUGAGCUGCAGAAGAAGAUUGGCUACACCAUCGAGUACCGCGACAAGGGACGCUACGGCUUCAUUCUGCCGCCCGUGCAGAUUCUGCCCAACUGCCAGGAGCUGAUGGCCGGCAUGCUGGCGCUGAUCGACAAGACCAAGCAGCUGGGCUACAUAUAGUGCAGAGUUUACUUUUGUUGCCGCGGCUUGCAUGCGCACAGUUCAGAGUCAGAGAUAGAAGAGAGAGAUCAAACUUAAGAGAUGGCCUAUCGUCAAUUCCAACUAUCGAUACAUCAUCAAUUCCAACUAUCGAUACAUCAUCGAUAA